GUGUCCCGUGCGCAUGCGCCGGCUGCGGGAGCGGCGCCCGCCCGCCCGGCGCGGAGGGGCCUGGCAGCGCCUUUGUCCCCGGGGCCUCGGAGCCGCCCGUGGGGCAGCUUUAAGAAACUGGCGUAAUUUGCAAAAAGAUGGUUAGGUCUAGAUCCAGAUCACCAAGGUGGAAACAGAGGUCCUUAUCGCCAGCAUUUAGAAGUCCAGAACACCAUAGGCAAAGGCAUGCUCAUAUUAAUUACAACUGUGAAUAUAAGGGCUUUAGGAGGGACCUGAAGAAAUCUAUGCCUUGGAGAGCAGAAGAUGGAAAAUAUGGACAAAGCAAUUCUAGAUUUGCACCUAAUGGGAAUAACCACCACAGGAUUUAUGAACAUAGGUCACCUUCACCAAGUCUAAAAAGAAUUCCUUUAGAAGAUGCAUAUAGUCAUAAACCCUAUAGAACACAUUCAUCAGAAAGGAAUGAAAGCAACAGGAGAUACCAGUUACCACCCAAAUACUCAGAAAUAGUAUACAAAGAACAUGAUCGACCUUUUUACUCGCACAAAAUGGAAGAUAGAUAUGUGCCUGAGCACUACAGAGUCACUGGAAAUGAAAAAGGAAUGAAACCUUUUUAUAGACCAUUAGGGGAUUCUUGUAAAUUUGAAAGAAAAUGGUAUGAAGAUGACUUGAGGCACCAGAGGCUACAUGAAGACAAGUAUGGUCAGUCACCUAGAAGAGUUUCUGAAGAAUUUACAGCAAGGAGCUCUUUACAGAAGAGGUAUCCUGAGGAUCGGGAUUACAGAGAAUAUGGGCACACGUCUAAAAGGGCUAAAGAAAUGGAGAGGUAUGACGGUGGAGAAGUAAGAAAUCCCAAGUGGAAGGAUGAUCGUUCUUUUCCACUCUACCAAGAAAAGGAGGAACAAAGAACCCUUGGUCCCCAAGUUCAUCGGCCUGCUGAAAGGGAGUACACAGAGAGUUCUGUUAUGAAGACAGCAUAUGAAUAUAGUCACAAACGUCAUAGACAGCCAGAUGGGGAAAAAUCAUUUUCAGAUGAUAGAGCUCAGAAGUAUGUAAAGCAGGAAGACCAAAAAUAUAAUUCUUCUAAGGGUGCUCGGGAUAGCAAAGAGCUAGAUUAUUUUAGUGGUGGAAGAGUGAGACAGACUGAAGAGGGGCAUAUUGAAGUACCCAUUAAAUAUAGCUCAAAGAAAGGCUGCAAUGCAUGUGCUAACUCUUACAAAAGUGAUGUUGAUCUGAGACCCUUUAACAAACAGAAGGAAAGAGUAAGGAAAGAAGGGGAUUUCAGGAAAAAAGUAGAUUCUUCCAAUAGCCAGCAUGAUACACAUCAUACAGUUUCAGAUACGAAAAUGUCAGAGGUCAACUCUAGGAGGGAGCGGCUCACAAUCAAAGUGGAUAUGAAGAAAAUGGUGAACAAGUCCAGGGCUGCUUCUAGCCAUACCACAGAGAGGCAGAUGUCACAUGACCUGGUUGCAGUUGGCAGAAAAAAUGAAAAUUUUCAUCCAGUCUUUGAGCACAUGGAAUCUGUGCCACAGAAUGUUGAAAAUAACCCAUCAAGAGAAUUUACUCAGGAAAUAAUUAUGAUAAUCCAUCAAGUUAAAGCAAAUUAUUUUACAUCCUGUGACCUAACAUUGCAUGAACGCUUCUCCAGAAUUCAAGAUAAACCAGUUGCAAACCUAAAUGAAGUCAAAAUGCAUUCAGAUCCAGAAAUUCACAGGAGAAUUGAUAUGUCUUUGGCAGAACUUCAGAGUAAACGAGCUGUGCCAUGUGAAUCUGGACAGACAGUUGUACGAGUUCUAGAAGAUCCAAAUGAUCUACGUCAUGAUAUAGAAAGAAGGAGAAAAGAAAGGCUGCUGAAUGAAGAUGAGCGAACGUUUCACAUAAAUGAUGUAAAUAAAAGGAACAACCAGAGCUGCAGCUUUUUGAAAUUACGGAACUCCCAAAUUGAUGGAUUCCAAAAGCCUAUAAGGUUCCUAAAACCACCUUUCAGGAAAUUUAUUAGGAAGCCUCACAUAAAUUCUUAUUAUGCUGUAAAAACAAAUGAUAUCUUUACUCCCAGACGAAUUAGAGGACACCUUGAAAAUCCUGGACCCAUCAGAAAACCAUUUAAGACUAACUUUACAGAUGGUCGGUUGCAACCCCAUUAUAAAUCAGGCUUAGUACAGAAGGGUUUAUAUAUUCAAGCUAAGUACCAGCGGCUGCGUUCUGCUGGUGUAAGGGGAUUUACCACUAAUAAAUUCAGAGAAGGAUUUUUGAGGAAAGAAAAGGGACCGUCAAACAUUGUCAGAGAAACCUGAACUUUGAUGCUGACGUUGAGACAUAACGAUAAUAACUCACAAGGGAACAUCUGUUUGUUUUUUGACAACUUUGCCAGGAAUUAAAAUAGGAUAAAUGGAACUAACAGUGUAGCUUUCUCAGAAAAAAUGACCUUAUUUUUCAGUAGUGGAAUGCUGCAGAACUUUUUUACAGUUUUAACAAUUGCUUUUAAAUUACAGUACAGUAUUUAGUUGAAAAGUUGUAGUAUGGUACUUUCAGUUCCUUUUUGCAAACAAGUUUCAAGAACAGAAAUCACUGAAGGGAGUCAUAUUUAUUGAAUACUUUUCUCUAAGCAUGAUUUUAUUAAUAGAAAUUGAGUUGUUAUACCCAGAGGUUUAUAUGUUGAAAAGUUUAUUGCUUGUGUAAAAAAACAAAAACAAAUAAAAAAAAGAAAAAGAAAGUAAAGAGAGAGGAAAAAAAAGUGCCUGAAUUGUUCAGUGAUAGCACAUUAGCUCAGGACUCUCCAAGCAAUGACCUUUUAGGUUGUGCAAUAGACCUUACCUCUCUUUUCAGUUAUUUCCCUAGGAAAAUAUUUGUAUUACUUCUGCUUGCUUUUUUUUCAGUUGGGUGUUUGACUUACAAAUGCAUAUACGUUUGUAAAUAAAUUGUUAGAAAUGUGUGACAAUUUCCAGCAUUUAAUCAAAAUGUGUGGUAAUGGGUAGGUAUAUAACGUACUGCAUAGCAGUAGUUUAUAAAUGCACUGAGAGCAUGCUUGGGACUGUUAGAGGAUUAGUUGGCCUGUAUUCAGAAAUACCCUAGUUCACCAUAUGUUUGUGAGAGAUGUUCUUAAUCGAGCAGCACAUUUUCUAAAAUUUUGCCACAAAUAGGCUUGGAAGGUAUGUGUUUAAAAAGAAGUCUUUAAAAAGCAUGUCUUCUGACAAAGCUGUCUGAAGCAAUUUCACCAAUUAACGCAGAAAGCCUGUAACUUUUAAAAAAUUAAAAUCCCAGUCACUCCUCAAAGUUUAUCCCACUACAAUGUUAUGCUACAUGCAAAAAUCAAGUAGGCCGACAAAUGCUCAGCCCAAUACGGUAUUUUCUGUUUAUAGUUAGAGCCUUAAUAUAUAUUAAUAAGUUUGUAUGUGUUUCAUAUUUUUUAUUCCAAGCACAUUAAAGACAAAUGUCUAGUAGCUUCCAGGGAAGACUUUCUAAUUUGUUAUAAAAAUGUUGUCAUUAAAUCAUUUUGUGUAUUUAAAAAUUCUCUCCAAGGUUAUAGUAGCCAUAAAAGUGCAGCAAAUAAUUCUGUUUAUGGAUUGUAUUAAGGUAUUUGGCAUGCUUAACACGUGAAAUGUCAGAAGGAAAAUUCACUCUUCUUUUGGUAAAAUUACACUAUGGACUACAGGGGUUUAGGUUGUAGCUGUGUUGGUCUAAGGAUAUAGGCAGACAAGGUUCCUUGGGUGAAUUUGAUAUCUUCUAUUAGACCAACCCAAAUGGUUGGAGAAUAGUUAUUAAGCAAGCUUUCGGGUUCAAAAACCCUUCGUCAGGCUAAGGACACUGCAGCAGUUGCUGCGUGCUCUGUUUUAGUACAGUAUGAUGAAAUCUAACUAAAAACCGUUCAUAUAUAAUUGGGCAUACAUCUUCAGUCUUUACAAAGAAGGAAAAUUGAGCGGGGAAGAGGCAGGGAAUCAUGGUUAUAACUGAUUUAAUACUAAGUAUAGAUAAAAUUCUCAAUUUUGCCUUUCCAAAAAGCAGAGUGUUUAGUUUAGAUAACAGGCACCCCUGCCUCCUUUCUUCAGUAACUUAUACUAAGUUUUUAACGGGUUGUGGUCCAUAUAAAUCGAGCAGAAAGCUGAAGUAGAAGAAAUAUUUUUUCCUUUCAGAACUAUGUAAUAACAUAGUUAUUUAGUAUUAACAUAUAGCCUAUUUAGUAACAUAGCCUAUUUAGUGUUAGGCUACAUAAAGUGAAUCUGUUCAAAUCUAGGCCUACUUUGCUUAAAUUCUGAGUAGCUAUUCACACCAAAUGAAUAGAGUGUAGAAAAGCUGAAUGUAGAAAAGCACUUUUAAAUAAACAUGUACACAGCAGAAAAUAAACUGUUCAAGCGGCUCUGCGUUAUCUGGCAGAAUAGUACUAUUUCUGUAAUAUUUUUAUUUUGCAAAAAAUCUUGGCAAAGAAUUGUUUUGAGCAAGUGGAAAAGUAUGGUUACAUGUGGAAACAUCUGUAUCAUGACUGUUUUGUUGCUGUUGUAUGAGAGUGUAUGCAUUUUGGUUUAUCCAGUUCAUACAACUUACACAAAAAUCCAGCUUUAGAAAUAUGAAUAACUUCUCCAGU